AAUAUUUGAAUAAUUAAAAGAUUGCAAAUAGACUGGUUCCCAUUUCCCAUAAUGAAUAUAAUAUUCGAGUCAUGAUAUUUAAAUAAUUCGAAAAUUAGAAUGAUUGCUAAUGCACUUAUUCCUAUUUGCAGUGUAUGUUACGUUCAAGUAAUAGUAACAUUUGUUGACAGUAUCGAUUUCUGCAAUUAUUAACAUCAGCUGUCAUUGCAGAAAUCUGUAUAUUAGUUGAGAAAAUUUAGAAAACUAUCCUUGUUUCGUUAAUUGAAAAUUCAUUAUAUUGUCGGGAAUAAUAUCAUUGAAGAAAUGUUUCUAAAUGCUGUAAGUUUUCUACCCCUAUACACGUUACAUGUGUUAACUAAAAGCAAAGUAUCAGUUGAAGGUAAUCAUAAUUUAUACAAUAUUCGAAAUGCUAGUUAUAAUUUUGCAGCAGAAUAACUAAAUAUUUUAAUUAAUUAGUUGCAGGAUUAUAGAAAUCAGAAAUAGAGAAGAGACUUCGCGAUAUUUUAAUAAUCAAAAUUUUGAACAUUAAGGGUGAGUUUAAAGUAUAACAGUAAAAGUUUAAACAUAUAAUUGAAACUAUGCUUGCAACAAAAUCUUUUAGGUAAUUAUUUCAAAGCUGCAUCAUCAAAAUGAUGAAAUCGUUUGAUUAAUUAGCACGUCUAGUUGCAGUAAUCUUUGAGCUGUGAUGCAUAGGAUAGAUUAUUGAUCAAACGUAUAUGGAUCACUUAUCCCUUUUGACAGGAAGACAGAUUGCCCAUUCCGAUAUCAAACGACGAGUGAUCUAUGGAAACACUAACUUGUCGAGAGCCUAUCGAUUGGAAAUCAGCCGUCGGGUUUCAAACAAGAAUCAUCUCGUCGCGCAUGCGUUUCGACUAUUCGUAAUUAUUCAAACGGUACACGUAUUUAGAAAGAUGUGUAGGAACUUACACUCUCUUGACAUUUACUUGUCUCGACAUAUAAAUACAUUAUUUUUAUUGCUUAUUCUUUUAAUACACGAAAUUGAUACUCUGUUUGCUACAAAAUACUCUUAAUCGUUUCUUUAAAUUUUCAUUAUAAAUAUAAAUUUGCAAUUAAAUCUAAAGCUACAUAAUUGGAAUAAAAAUUAAAGUAAAUAACUCUGCAACGACAUACGGGACUCAAUCAGUUCUUGAAUUUUUCAUAAUAAUUGUCGCGACGUCUAGACGACCUUAACUGACAACGCUGUCACAAACACGUGAGACAAUGAAAUAAAUUGAGUGCUGCUUUCUGAAUAUUAAGAGGAACACCUCCUCUGCGCUACCUCCUCUACCCCCAUCCACGGACUCAUUCAAGUGUUCAGCACACCACAUGUUCCACGUAAAACUGGGGCGCAUGCUUCGUUACCACGACGACGGAUUCUCAUAAACGUAUACAAAGCGGCCGAACAGUGUAAAUUGUCGCACGUUGGUUAUGAUCUUUCCAUUCGAAAGACUUUCUUGUUCCAUAAGCUCGUGCUUUAUCUAAAGCUACGUUUGGCGAGACUCCUCGAGCUCGUCAUGUCGGUCGAGGGUGAAUUUUGUUUAUCGAUCACCGGUUCAAUCGAACACGCGGAAUUCUACGACAUCAAUAACGCCUACUGCAAAUACGGAUUUCAUUUUGGACCCGAAUGGAGUGUAAUCGCUGGUAUCGAGGAGGGUCUGACGCAGAUGUGUAAGUGCAGCAGUGACCCACGAAAUCUGGCCGUUUGGAAUUUCCCCCUAGAGAUCACGUUCAGAAGCACCAAUCCUCAUGGAUGGCCACAACUAAUAAUGUCGAUUUACGGCCUGGAUAUCUUCGGACACGACGUCAUCAGGGGUUAUGGAGUGUGUCAUUUGCCGUUAACAACAGGUCACCAUGAGAAAAGGGUGUCUGUAUACGUGCCCGAGUCCUCUUCAACGUUACAACGAUUUGCAGCCUGGUUAACCGGUAGAAGACCAGAACUAAUUGACCCGGCGAUAUUGGCUUCUGGCGGCGGAAGAGAACUCACGCGCAUGAGGGUGGAGGGUAUUGUUACCAUAACGUUCAACGUGGUGCUGAAAGAUUUCUUCAAGUUGGGCUACAACAAUGGCGAGAAGCAUAAGAAGUAAAGCGAUUUACCGAGUCGCUAACACCAAUUAAGAGACCGAUGCUUUCACUUUUCUUCUUCUCGCGACUUUACGGAAAAACGAAAAAGUGAAAAAGACUUUUUCCAUUCAUUUAUUACAAUAUUGCCCAGAAACAUUUGUAAAGAAGAAAGUUCAAUGGCGAAUAAUACUUCUGUUUUACGUAUAUAAGCAAAAUUCUUAUCUGGAUACAAAAUUUCAAAUAAAUAAGAUUAAUAAUUGUUUGACCACUAUUCCUUGAAUAUAAAUCAGCAUUUGAAUUAUAGAAUCAAAUAUUUCACUAUGGAUAGUUACAAUUUCAAAUGUUCGAUUUAUAUGCUUUUUUAAUAAUUAAAUGCAUAGACGAUACAAACAAAUUUUGUAUAAUAUUUAAACGUUUCGAUACAAAGUUGCUAGAUUUCUUAAAAAAUGACAAUAAUUAUUAAUAUUAAUUUAGUUUCAUAAUAUUUAUAUGUAAGAUGUAAUAUGAUAACAGUGUUAAUAUUAUCAUGUUCAGACAAUAAUUAAUUGUACCGAUUAUGAAAGAAUGAAAUUAAUGAGAAUAUACAUUGCAAAAAUUGUUGCUCUGGAAUAUAUGUGUGUACAUUAGCUUAUUUGAAUUCAUACCAUCUUCAUUAAAAUUCUAAUUAAGGAAGAAGUUGAUAAAUUAAUGAUAGAAAGAUUAUUGUUAACUAUAAGAUUCUUUUAUUCAAAUUGUGUAAUACAAAAGUGUAUGCUACAA